AUGGCGGCAAACCACACCCCGCGCACCGUCGCCGACGCCACGCGCUUCACGUCGAGCACGCCGCACGCCCACGCCAAAGCCUCCUCGCCCUCAUCCAGCAACUCCUCCUCCAAGACCAAAGCCUCCUCCUCUUCCUCUUCCGCCGCCCCCUCCUCUUCUCCGUCGCGCCCGGCGCAGUCGAACCGCCUGCCGCCGGCGGGCAUGCCGCGGCCGUCCGCGCCGGAGACCAUGGAGGAGCGGGUGCGCCGGCUGCGAACCGCGCACCUGGCGGCGAGGAGACAUGAGACGUCGAGGUUCGACCGGAUCGUCGACGCCUCGAGGCGGUACUUCGACGCCGCUCACAAGUUCACUGUUAUGGGGUUGAUUGGGUUCAGUGGCCUCGCCCUCUUCGUAACCGUCUACGCCACCGCCGACAUGAUGGUCUACAACCGCAAGCGGCGCAACGAGUUCUUCGCGAUGCAGCGGCAGCUGCAGUCCGACAGCCUCGAGGCCGCGCGCCUCGCCUACAUCAGCAACACCGCCACCCCGGAGCAGGCCGCCCUCGUCGAGGAGGCCGAGGCCAAGGCCCGCGACUCCGGCACCAGUCUGCCCCCUUUACUCUCCCCGCCUAGACCCAUGUCUUCUUCUUCUUCUUCCCCUCCUUCCACGACGGAGACCGUAGGCAGCACAGCAUGGGCCGCCGAAUCGCUAAGCGAGAGCAGUCUUUCGGCGACCGCCGACGAGAAGCCGAAGAGCAAGGGCUUGACCGGGUGGCUGUUCGGCGGGCUGAAGAAGGAAGAGCCCGGGAGCGAAGUGAACGCCGCGGGGUCGGCGCCGAUGCCGGCAUCUGAGUUAAAGGAGAAGGCGAAGACGGCGUUCGACCAAGAGCGCGAGAACCAAGCGGACGGCGGGCCGUUGGAUCAGCUGGGGAAGCCGAGCAGCGGCGGCGAGACGAAGAAGUCGGGUUGGUGGUAG